AUGGUGGAGACAGAAGAGCAGCCAAACAAAGCAGUUCCUCAAAUCACAGAUGCAGCUGACAGCUCUUCGGAGCACGAUGGUGGUACUUUGGGUGGGGCCUCAGUUGAGGCAGAAAGCCAAUUGGCUGAGAGCAGCCUGACAAGACAGAGCAAAAGAGCUAAAGAGGAGCAGGAAGCCACGGGAUUUCGCUGCAUGCCGUGUGGUUUUACCUCAGAGGAGAGGGAGGAAUUUCUCCAGCAUAUUGUCUGUCACCGUGACGGGACGAGCACCUGUCAGUGUCAGCAGUGCGGGGCGUGUUUCGCUUCCGCCUCCUCCCUCAGCAGGCAUCUCUUCAUCAGCCAUCGCGUGCGGGAUUCCCCCUCCGAUCACACCGAGGCGUCUCCGGUCACUGGUUUAACUUCUGGACAUGUGACCUCUGACUCUGCAGUUGCAGCAGGGUCCCCGGGGUCACCAUCGAGUGUAGGGGGGACACAGGUAGAGGAUGGGGAAGAUUCAAAUCAGGAAACUUGCUGAAUAGUUGCUGAUCUUUAGAAUGAGAACGAAAUAAGUGCCUUCUUCAUUUAGUCUUAAGAUUCUUUAAGACCAGAUUAUACUUAAAGGCCUCAGAUGAUUGUUUCCUCACUGGGAGGAAUUUGUUGUGUGUGUGUGUGAUGGAGUUAAAAAUGUAUAUUUUUUAUGUUUGUGCUGGACUUAUGUUUUAUUGGUGCCUUACACAUUGUCUUCUGGUUUUCUUUGUAAAGAUAAUUAAUAGAGCUUUGUUGUAAUGUAACCUCUUGCAUUAUACCUUUUUGGUUGUUUCAUAUAGAUUUUGUUGAGAUAAAUAAAAAAAACCAAUAAUGGCUAAAUCA